AACCGGAGAAGCCUAGUUGUUGGCGGGCCGUGUGUCUGUAUAUGUGUGCUUUAUUAUUAUUACUAUUAUUAUUUUCCUCCCUCCUCCCUUAUGUAUGAGCGCGCGUCGCAGGGUUAGACAGGGCUCCUGAAGUACUUGCUGUUCGUCCCGGGCUGAGAGGGAGAGUGCAAAGGGCGCGUGCAGCAGGUCAGACGGCGGCGACUUCUCGCGCUGAGGUAACCCUCGCAGACACUAUGAGCCACCUGCGCGCCGUGGCUGCGCCCAGCGAGUGGGGCGAAGGCGGCAGGGAUUUGGGCUCCCAGCAGCAGCCAUUGGAAGACAGCCUUCUGCUGGGACAGGAGGCGACGGCGGCAAGUCGCGGCUUCUCCUCAGCCUGGCUGGGCAUCUGCUGCCCAGGCCGGGUCACCUCGUCGCCCAGGUACCUGCUCUCAGGAGCAGCUGAGGGGGACGAUGAGGAAGAAGACGAGGAGGAGGAGGACGAGGACGACGAGGAGCUUUUGGAGGCAGGCGCGGCCGAGCACUUGGGCGGCGGCAGCCGGAGCCGGAGCGGCGGGUCGGGGAAGCUGUGCGCGCUGCAGGAGCACCACCGUCGCCACCAUCACCACCACCAGGCAGGCGGCACCCCUGGCGACGCGCAGGCGACGCGGCCCCGCGCGCCCUGCCCCGGCGGCGUCGGGGGUCUGCUCCGCCAGGGCCCUCAGGUAAGCGGCGUGCAGAAGCAGAGGCGCCUGGCGGCCAACGCCCGCGAGCGGCGGCGGAUGCACGGGCUGAACCACGCCUUCGACCAGCUGCGCAAUGUCAUCCCCUCCUUCAACAACGACAAGAAGCUCUCCAAGUACGAGACGCUGCAGAUGGCGCAGAUCUACAUCAGCGCGCUGGCCGAGCUGCUGCACAGCCCACCUCCAGCCGACGGCGCCCCCGCCAGCCAGACUUACGAGCGCGCGCCCUGCACCCCGCCUGUAGGGGGCGCUCUGCAGCAACAGCCAAGGUCCCAGGCCUCGGGACACUGCCGGACGCGUUUUCCCCAAGAGCAGCCGGCUGGGGGCGGGGCAGGAGGAGGAGGCUUCUCGGUGCAACUGGACCCGCUGCAUUUCCCCUCGUUCACGGAGUUGGGGCAGAAAGCCCCCUCGCCGGCGCAGCUCCUGCCGCCGUCGGGCCAGGCCCAGCAGGAGCGGAGGAAACCCUCGCCGCCGGCCCAUCGCAGCGAUGGGGAGUUCUCGCCCCGAUCCCAUUACAGUGACUCUGACGAGGCCAGCUAGGCGCGCGUCAGUCGGGCAGGGAGGGAUAGGUGAGAUCGGCGGCUGCCAGUCAAGUCGACCCUGAGGCUGACCGGGGAUGCGGGGGGAGGACUGCUUGUCAGACUGCUUGUGAAAGACGUUGCUGGCGUGAACAGGGCAGGAUCCUGGGCAUGUGGGGCAAUCAGACGCGUGUCGCAGGCUCUGAUGGACUCACCUCGCCAGCCUUAGAAAGCUUUGGAAACCUGCGGGGGGAACUCUCCUUAACUUCUCUUUCUAGAAGUAGCCAUUUACCCUGCGCAGGUCUAGAACGGUAGGGAAAGCUUUUGAACCAUGAUUUCUCUUGAACUCUAUUCGUAAAGCACUGUGGUUGCUGUUCUCGCAAGCAAGCAAAGGGGGCUUUCUUCCAAGCAACUGUGCUUCGAAUCUUAGCUUUUAAGCGAUUUUCUAGAAGCCGACUGAAUGUAACCUGGUUUGUUUUUCUAGUUUUAAAAUUUGGCUUCCCUUUCCCUGCUGGAAUCAGUUGCAUAUACUUCAUCAGAGAGAGUAAAACAGAUUCCGGAUUACAGAUUCUGGGACAAUGGACUGUACCCUUCCUAAAUUAAGCACUGCUUUCUGGGACAGCUCCUCCGGGUUCCUCGGAUGUAAACUCCAAAGCGUUCACUUGUGAUCGCUCCCUAGUAAGUUUCGGUCUCCAGAUGAUAUUCACGUCACCCAGAAAUAGUACCUCGGGUUAAUAACUUUGCUUCAGGAUGAGAACAGAAAUCGCGCGGUGGCAGCGGGAGGCCCCAUUAGCUAAAGUGGUACCUCAGGUUAAGAACAGUUUCAGGUUAAGAACGGACCUCCAGAACGAAUUAAGUUCUUAACCCGAUGUACCACUGUACCUGGAAGUAAAGCUCGUUGACCUCAACGACGCUUACUUCCAAGUAGACAUUACAGUUACAGCAACUUGCCUGAGAGUAACCCAAAAUGAACUCGGCGGGGCUUAUUUCUCAGUAGUAAUGCAGAGGAAUGAGCUGUCCCAUUUGAAAGCCUAACCAUCGUUUCUUGCGAGUAUAUAAACUGAGAUCAACUCAACUAUUCCAAGUAAAUGCAUUUAGGGUCGGAGCUGCGAGAACUCUGUCCUUUGACGUUUGGAUAUAGAUCUCAUUCGGCUUCAUUCUAAGCACAAUUGCUCGGAAGUACAUGUUAAUUGUUCUUUUUAAUACUGCCCCGAAGUGUGCUUGUGACUCUCAUUACAAUCAACAAGGUUCCAUUCAGUUUCAUUGCAACCCUUCAUCUGAACUAGACGGCAAAUUAGCCUUUCGCUUUGAAGUGACUUCAGCUGAUAGAAUUGGGCACGGAUUCGAGAUUGUAGUCCUCGCUGCAUCCGUCCCACAAGCUUCCCUGGGGAGCCUGAAGAUUGUGGCUAUACUAGUGGUCUGAGUUUGGUUGUCGGUUCUUUUGGGUCCACCGACUUGGUGUGCGCUCCUCCGCCUUCCCAAACGCAGGGCUGUUUUGUCCUCGCUACAUGUACUUGCAAGGAAUCCCCCUUGAUGUAAAUCAAUCUACUUCCGCGCUUAGUUACAUAAGCAGUUUCCCAGCGUGUUCAGCGGGGUUCCUGUGCGCUCAUGACUGCAGCUUUCCUUCCAAUAGAGUUCGCAUGGGAUCAAGCGCCCACCUUGGAAUUCCUCCGGAGCGAGGGGUCCCUAGGCGGACCUGCCUUCUAGCCAUCCGCCCCGGUGUCCCGGUCAGCCCAAGGGGUGUUUGGCUUUUGCUAGCGAAAAGGCAAGUACCUUUCCUUGCAACCUGGCCGCUUGCAAAGCAUCCCGAAUACAGAAUCGCUGUACAAAUUCUGAGUGCAAACGAGGAGGACCGGUGGAGAGGGCAGCGUUCGUGGGUAUCCCUUUCUUCCCGGGCUGUAAAUAGGGGGAGCGGAUUUUUGUUUGUAUCCUGCUUAGCUUUUCCUCAACGUUCAUCCAAACCGAAUGUUGGCGUCUUCUGUAGAUGGGAUUUGGCGCAAGCACUUUACAAGCCGCCGGGAGUGGAGACUGAGAGACGCGGCUCCAAAAGAAAAGCGACUCACUGCCAAUUGGAUUAAUAUACCAAUGUCGAACUCAGCCAUGUCUCUAAUCGUCAUUAUUAAACUCAUUUGCAAA